GACGCACCAGGGAGCUGGCAGCAGCCGCUCCGGUCUAUCUGCUCGGAGACUCCCUGCGCUGCUCCGGCCUGCAGGCAGACGCUCCGGUCGCUCCGUUUCCAAACCAGGAAGCUCUCCGGAGCCGCGGCUCUCCUCCGCGUUUGGACGGUGGUCGCCGGCUGGAGUUUGUGUUGAGCUCCGGGGCCAUGCUUCCACGGAUCAGUGAGCGGCUGGUUUAGUCUGAAUAAACCGGGCCACACAGGAAGGCAGCAAACAAAAACCGAAGUGUGUGUGGGACGAGUUGCAGCCUGCAGCCGAGCGGUGGAGUCAAAGCAGCGAUGAUCGACUUGGUGGAAAGUUGGGAGAGACGGCGUGUCAAGGGACAGAUGCACAGAGAGUGAUGCAUUUGGAGAGGAGUUUAGGUUAAGAACACAAGUACUGUUAAAAAAUGUGCGAAGUGGCCAUGGAGGAGCAGGACCGGGAGAUCUCGGACAUGGAACGCCGCUCCUCGGUGGCUGAGAACGGGGUCAUGCCGGUGGUGAACCACAGCCACGUCCACGCUCCGCUCAGCGUCGUGCUGGCCACCGUCCUCUACUGCGCGGAGUUCAUCACCGCCGCCGUGCUCAGCAGCAUGUACCACAAGACCGACGACGUGAUCUGGAUGGGCCUCACCAUCACCUUCAUGCUGGUGCCGGCGGUGCUCAUCCAGCUCACCCUGACCUUCAUCCACAGAGACCUGGGCAGGGACCGGCCACUGGUGCUCUUCCUGCACCUGCUGCUGCUGGGGCCCGUCAUCAGGUGUUUCGAGGCCCUGGUUGUCUACUUCAAGGCGGGUAAAAAGGUGGAGCCUUACGUCACCAUUUCCAGAAAGAUCAGCCUGAAGAAGGGGCAGGGGACGCUGAUGGAGUGGGAAAUCGGCCAGUCGGAGCGCAUCCUGGCCAUGCACAGGAACGCCUUCAAACGCACCGCCGUCAUGCAGGCCUUUCUGGGCUCCACGCCUCAACUGACGCUGCAGCUGUACGCCACCAUCCAGGAGAAAUACAUCAUGCCCACAAGAUUGGCUCUGAUGAUCAUCACGCUGAUCUCCAUCACAUACGGGGCUCUCGUGUGCAGCGUUCUGGCCAUCCAGAUCAGAUACGAUGACUACAAGGUGCGGUUGCGCCCUGUAGCCUACCUGUGCAUGAUCGUGUGGAGAGGCCUGGAGAUCACCACCCGGGUCACAGCUCUGGUCCUCUUCAGCACAGCUCACUCUCACUGGGUGAUCCUUGUAGGCAUGAUUAACCUGCUGUUCUUCUUCUUCCUCCCCUGGGGUGAGUUCUGGGCCAAGAAAGGCUCUUUAACCGAGAACGUGGAGAAGAACUUCUCGAAGCUGGGCACCACGGUGGUGCUGUGCAUGUUCACGCUGCUGUACGCCUGCAUCAACACCUUCUGCUGGUCGGCGGUGCAGCUCGACUUCACCCAUCAAGAGCUCAUCGACAGGAAGCAGCGCUGGGACCGCCUGGCUAUGUACUACUGCGGACGCUUUGUUGAGAACUUCCUCCUCAUCACGAUCUGGUACUUCUUCAGGUCAGACUUCUUCGAGUACGUGUGUGCCCCGAUGCUGGUCGUCCAGCUGCUGGUCUGUUACAGCCUGGCCAUUCUCUUCAUGCUGCUCUUCUACCAGUUCUUCCACCCUUGCAGACGCCUCUUCAAGUACAACGUCCACGACUGCCUGCACUGCAUAUGCUGCCGGAAAGGGAGGCGUGGUGGAGAGAGCGAGAGGCGAGGGAAGCUGCCACCCUCGUACUCCACCGCUGCCACCAUGGUGAUGGUACCGGAGGAGCCGCUGGAGCCUCAAAACUCACAACCCGCCGACCUCACCGGCCAGUUGGGAGAGCGAGAGACGGACAUUGUUGAAGACAUAAUGGAAGCAGCCUGAGAAAAGCACCAUGAGGAAUAAACUGUUGGCUCAAUGACUUUGAAAUGCAUCUUGGGAGGAGCUGGUGCUUCCCCUGAAUGACACCUUGGGUGGAUAAACACAAAAAACAGAGCAGGUUUUGUGUUGUUGAGUCAGUGAGGUGAUUUAUAACCGAACAAAUGUUUGCCUUUUUCUCUUAAAUGCUCAAAACUUUACUCAUUCAUGGCUCUGGGAGGGAUUCAGGUUAACUACUGAUGACUGCAUACACUAUGGGCACCACGAAGCCUCAGAAUACCAAAGAAUGUAGCGUACGGAGAUAUGCAGCGAUGCACAAAGGCCGCUGUUGAGAGAGCAGCACUGAGCCAGGUGUGAGGGAGAUGUGCCAAGAGUGUCUGAAGUGACCGAAACACUGACCAGGACGCCCAGCCUCCCAGUUUACGUCUCCUCUGGGUUUUCACACCACAAAAGCCCCUUUUGCACAUGUUUCCAUCUGCACUACACAAACUUGAAAAACACAGCAGGGGCAGGGGGAGAAAAGGUCAGAACAAAAAGAUUAAUUUAUCUUCCUCAUACCCAACUGCUGUGAUGAAUGCCUUGUGUUGUUCCCUGUCAGAUCUGAUUGCCUUGGCUUUUUAAAAAAAUACAGGUUUUAGUGUUGUGGGGGGGGGAAGAAACACAUUAAUAGCUGGUGAGAAUAUUCUGUGGCAAAGGCUUCAUGUGUGUCAUCUUUGAAAGGUAAUUCAAAGUGAAUCUUACAUUUGAUGCUGCAUUAACAAGACUGACACUGAAUGAGCUUCAUCUUUAUUAAAGUGCUUUUGCUUAUUUUUUUAUGUUUCAAGCUAUUUGUUGAUACACUGCCUUGACUACUGUUGUACUACUUGAACAAUAAAUAAAAUAAUGUCAAAAUA